AUGGCUCUGGAUGGUUCACCUGAAUUGGCCGAUCCGAUUGUCAAACUGGCUGAGAACGACCUCGGAUGGCCAAAUGCACUGACAAUAGAUUACUUUUCAAAUAGGCUUUUCUGGGGCGAUGCUCACUUGAAUGAAAUCGGUUUCAUGGACUUAGAUGGCGGUGGUAGACACCAUAUCCCUGCCCGUAGAACCAGUCAUGUGUCUAGCAUGGUGGUGUUCGAUGAUUACCUAUAUUGGUCAGAUUGGAAUUUGCGUGAAGUCAUUCGCUGCGAUAAGUUCAGCGGCAAAAAUGAAACAAUCCUGAAAAAGACUAUUCAGCUUCCCAAUGACCUCCGGGUGGUGCACCCAAUGCGUCAACCGGCUUAUCCAAACCCAUGUGGCACCAACAAUGGAGGCUGCUCGCAUCUUUGUCUCAUCGGUGCUGGAGGAAAUGGCUUUACUUGUGCUUGUCCCGAUCAAUUCGUAUUGCUUGACGAUAAUAAGGUGAGGUUUUUGCACGGCCUUUACCUCUUCGUCGUUUAGUA